AUGGGCGCCGAACUCCUGAUCGAGACCCUCGCCGGUCUGGCAGCCGGGCGCCUUUCCCCCCGUCGUCAGGACGAUGGCCACGCGACCUUCGCUCCGCGGGUGCAAAAGGCCGACGCAGCUCUCGAUUGGGAGCUCGCAGCUCCCGCGCUGGCGAACCGUAUCCGCGCCUUCUCUCCGGCCCCGGUGGCCUUUACCGCGCUUGCCGGAGACGCGGAGGAGGGGAAGGGCGAGCUCCUCCGGAUUCACCGAGCGGCGGCCGACAUCGGUACGCCCCCGGCGAACGGGUUUACCCCGGGCUCUUUCCGGAUCGCGGGUUCCCGGCGCGCUCCCCGCCUGGCGGUCACCUGUGGCGAAGGCAGCACCCUGUGGCCCCUGGACGUGCAGGCGGCAGGCCGACGGCGCAUGCCCAUCGAGGAUUUCCUCCGCGGCAGAGUCCUCGCGGCACCGAUCGGAGAGCAGGGGACACCCGUCGGCCGUUUUCUCGGAGCCGCGCAGGCGGCGCGCCUGGCGGAGGCGCAAUAG